AGCGGCCGACAGCUCGGCUGCCCGCUGCAGCUCCCGGGGGGAAAGCGCACCGCCGCUGCCGUCCCAAGAGGGGCUCGGGUCUCAGGGCUGCUGGGGCAAGCGCUUUGCCUGGGGCAAGACUGCCGGGUUGACGGAGCGAAGAGAGGAGCCCUCGCUCUUUUGGUUCCUUUCCAAGCAUUUUUAAGAGAGGAAGGAUGUAAUAACAUGCCACGGGCAAUAAAUCAUAGCCUAGCUACUCCCCCUGGCUCCCCUCCCCCAGCCCGGCGGUCCCGGCCCCUCUAUAGAGGGAGGGGAGGAGGGGACUCCCGCAGAGCGCCGCAGCUGCCGGGACUAGCAGUCCUUCGCCUGCUCCGCGCCCCGUCAGACGCCCCAGCAUGGACCUCCGAGCCCUGGCUCUGCUUGCUUUCGCCCUUGCGAUCAUCUCCCUCUCGGAGGAGAAACCCGUCAGCCUGACUUACCGAUGUCCCUGUCGAUUCUACGAGAGCAACGUGGCAAGAGCCAACAUUAAGCACCUCAAAAUCCUCUCCACACCCAACUGCUCACUUCAGAUUGUUGCAAGGCUCAAGAGCAACAGCAAGCAAGUGUGCAUUGAUCCCAAGUUAAAGUGGAUCCAGGAAUAUCUGGAGAAAGCUUUAAACAAACCACGUCAUCGCACUCAUAAAAAAAAGCAACAGAAGAAACGGGGCCCACUCUGCCCUUCCCGUGCAACACCACUAAAGUCUCCAGGGAGGAAGAAUGGAGGUUCAAGAUGUAAGAGGCAAGCAUUGUAAGCCGUCUACAGGAUUUCUUACUGUAGGACCCAGAAAGCAGAUAACCAGUAUUAGGGAAUGAACACAUUUCACUGCUAUCAUGCAGCACAAAAGCAACGCUUCAUGCAUUUCCAAAGGGUUUUUAUGUCUGGGGCUUAUUUGUGGGUUGGUGAUUCUUUUUGCACAAAUUGGCUUGCUUUCACAGUGCUAAUUUUUAUAUAGUAAGAUGUAACUAUUUGAGAAAAAUACGUUUCUAUACAGGUUGGUUUAUUCCUUAGCACUGAGGGCAGAUAUGAGUUUAAAUUAACCUCAUGUUAUUAUAUAAUAUUUUAUUUCCUUUGCUAUGUAGAAGUCUUGCUUUAUUUAACUUUAUGUUGGUUCAUGCAAGUCUCCUGGAGUUUUAAACCUAGAAGUACAUGAACUGUACAGUGCAAUGAUGUUGUAGUGGAGGAAUUCUUUGCCUCCAAAAGUCUUUGAGACCAAGAACAUAGGAAGGCUAAAAAGCAUCAGACCUUGAUAAAAGUGGACAGCAUUUCAGUGGGUGGCAUUUAUAGGUAUUUUGGGUGAGGGGUUAAACUGAAGCCUACAUGGCUAAAGCCCUUCUCUGAGCAGCUGGUCAAUGCACAUCUGGUACUGCAAGGUGCUGCUAUUCGCUUUGCAGUAGUUGUGCAUGUUAGGAGCCACAAUACUGAUCUGAUGUUACCUGGCAUUUCCUAUGCUUCUGAGGUUUUGGUGACAAAUUUUAGCACAAAAAGAAAUGGGCUGUUAAAGGUCUAACCACAUGAUCAUGUUGCAAGUUGCUUGGAGGUGCCACGCACCUGGUGUCUCAUCCCACCCAUCCGCAGGAGUUGGUUUCAGCUCUCCUGACUAGCUUUGCACUGAAGUAGGCAUAAUGCAUUCCCAUGACUCUUCACGACGAUGCCAUAGCCUCAGCUACUGAACAAACACAUGUACCUGAGGGCAGUAAGUCUUUGGUUGCUCCAGAGACUUAGAAGAGGACGUCUGACCGUAUCUUUGGAGAAAAGAGGUGGCUGGAGCAAGACAGAGUCUGUCCAGGUUGUGGAAGGAGUGGUGUUUAUCAAAUGUGGAUGUUAAGGCCAACGCUCAGUGUUCACCAGUGGUCAUGGCCCUGUUUGCUGGUGGCAGGACAGCCUCUGGAAUUUCAAUUGCAAAGUAGUCUUGGGGACAGGUACAACUUCUUGCACUGAUCUCCUCUCUAAGCCAGAAAUGUCUUUCUCUCAGUUCUCAAUGUUUUGCUAUAUAGUGUAUGGAAAGACACCUGCAGUACUGGGGUAAUCAUGGUAUGCUGUGCACUGGGAUCCAGUGGGGGAAGCACAUCUGUGCAGAACAAUGCUUGUGUUUGUAUAUGUCUCUGUGUGCAGUGUAAACAAAAAAAUGUCAGAAGAUUGUAUUCCUUUUGGAAUGGGUUGCUUCAAAAGAAAUCUUCUCUCUUUCCUGUAGCCUGUGUUGGAAACACUGAGAGAGGUGUCUCACUAAGUACUUCUUUUUGCAGCAGGCACCUUUAGUGCCAGAGGCACUUUGGCUACUACCUUAUUUUCAUGUGGAUUUGGGUAAAAAAUAGUUUUCCUUUCUGUGAAAUAGUGCUGUUACACAAAGUGUUUCAGCUAGGACCACAUCACCUCAUUUCAUUUAAAGUAACUGCUGUGCCUAAAAUGUAUAUGUGUGAUUUUUACAUUCCUUCUAUUGUUAUCAUUACCAGCAUGGUGCUGCAAGUAUAUUGUGUCUCUGUUUUGAAAGGUUUGGUACCCCUGUAACUGAUGAGAAUUGGAGUGUUGAUUUAAUAUGAGUAGGAUCAGUUCCUCUGUUUUAAGCACAAAG